AUGUUCUCAACAAAUGUCCUCGAGGCUUUGGAGAUUUUCGAGAAGGACAGGGACCGACCGGAAAUCGACGCCAUUCUGCUUGAGCUAACCCGAAAAAAUGAUGGAGAAUUUCCGGGAAUGUGCUCAGCAAUAAAUUUUCGCAUUCAAAUAGCUGAUUCGGUCCGGAGACUAUUUCGUUCUCCUCGACACUCAUCCACUAAACUAUUCUUCCGGAAAAAGAAUGGUUAUGGGUCCGAGUUGAGCACUCCCAAUUCAACUCGAAGCGUUUCAUUCACGGAAGCUCUAUCGUGGCCGUUCAUCGACGACGAUAUUCCGGAAGAAUGA